CAACUGCCAUAACCACCACAAUCUUCAAAUGCAUUCCUCACCAAUUUCAUCCCCAAAUCCAACUCCAAUCGGUGGAAAAAUUCACAUAAAUUCCAACAAAAGCAUACAGCCUUUUGCUAGAGCUCAAUUCCCACCUUCAAUCCUCGCAGUUUCUCGCAGAAAUUGUCUCAAAAAUGUCGUUUUUUGCAAAAGAAACAGAACUUGUGUGAGAAAUUCCUCCAAUCGAGAAGAGGAAGCCCAAAUUUCUCAAGAAAAAGGAGCUCGCGAUAAUGACGGCGGUGGCCGCUCAACUAGCUUGCUGUCUUUUCUUUGCCCCUUGCUUAAGCUCUUCGCUGCAGGGGAUCCGUCUGCAGAGAGAAACUAUCUACUAGAGGAGGCUACAUCUUCGUUAUCUACUAUAGCAAGGUUUCCGUGGGGUUCUAAAUCACUAUCCGACGGUUUAAACAACGAACAAAGAGCAGAUCCUCCACUGCCUCUCCAAUUAUAUGAAUUUGAGGCAUGCCCAUUCUGUAGAAGGGUUCGUGAGGCCAUUACUGAGCUAGAUCUCUCCGUAGAGAUCUUUCCAUGCCCAAAAGGGUCAGUAAGACAUAGGGCAACAGUCAGACAACUUGGUGGCAGGGAACAGUUUCCCUUCCUCAUUGACCCGAACACCGGAGUUUCUAUCUAUGAAAGCAGUGACAUUGUUAAAUACUUAUUUCAGCAAUAUGGAGGAAAUAGGAGUCCGUCAUUUGGAAUCUUGGAGAGCACACUGCUCACAGGUUGGGUACCGACACUACUUCGAGCAGGCAGAGGAAUGACGUUGUGGGAAAAUUCAGUAAAACAAUCGCCUCCCCAAAAACUGGAGCUCUUCUCAUAUGAAAACAACCCUUAUGCUCGAAUUGUUCGUGAAGCACUUUGUGAACUGGAACUUCCUUAUAUUCUUCGGAGCGUGGGUGAAGGGUCUAUACGGGAAAGAAUGCUCAACGAGAUGUCCGGAUCAAAAGAGGUACCUUACCUUGUUGAUCACAACACCGGCAUGGAAAUCAGAGAUUACAAGAAGAUCAUUUCGUACUUGUUUGAAACGUAUAGUUCGAAGAGAGUUCCUGCAUAUCUCCAGCAGUGAGUUCUGCCAUUGAAGGAACUUUGUGCAGCAUGAUUCCAUUAUUUAUUUAGGUAUGUGUAUCUUCCAUUAGUAAUUUGAGAUGUUGUGAAGGUUCACAUUGUAAGUGGUUUAGUUGAGGAACACUUCGGUGUUUUGUAUUCGAUUUAUGAGGAGGAACAUUGUGGUGUUUGUCCCUAGACCUUCUAGUUAACAUAUAAAGCUGAAAACAUGCUAGUUGAUCCAA